AUGCCCCUGUGGCAUUCUGGCCCUGGGCGUCAACUCCGUCCUCGACGCUCGCUAGAGGGUAUACUGCGGCUGCCUGCGCCACCGGCGCUGCCUCGUGUCCGUCCCCACAACCGUCCCCACACACGUGAGGCUGUGGGCCUUGGAAAGGUCGCCCCUCGCCUUUACGCUGCGCAGCGUCGUGGGGUGUGUGGGGAUUGUCUGUAUUUGUCUCCCUGGCUGUGCCUUGUGUGGCCGUGUCCCCAGGCGGGAGGUCCUAGGGCGGGACGUCGCGGUCCGUCAAGGCCCGGAAAGGAAGGAAAUCUCGCUUAG